UGAAUAAACCGAAUAAAAUGCUUAGGCGAAUAAUUAGUAUAGUCGCGCGUUGCUACUCUUUGUACAUAGUGAUUAUUUUCUUUGUGUUUUGAACUUAAUCACCUGAAAUUCCUUUACUCUAUGUAAAAUUGCAAAUUUAUUUCAAUUACAAAAGAAAUUUGAUAAAAUGAAGAGUUUUUUAAUUUGAUUAAUUUCUUGCCUUAGCAGUAUACGAUUGUAUUGAAAUAGAUGUUUAAUUAAAUAUAACAUCAUAUUGUCCAGUUCUUCGGGUUCAACCAGUUGUCUGCAUUCUUGAAAUAAAUAUGCAUGGACGAGUGAAAGUUCGAACAACAGAGGAAGAGAAGGCUAGAAAGGAAAAAGAAAAGCAAGAAAAAUUAAAGGUUUUCAAACAUGCAAUGCAGAAAAUUUGGGAUAAGAGGAAAAAAGAAGAACUGGACUUAGAAUUGAUGGAAUUGACUGGGAAAGUUCUUACAUCCAACCCUGAUAUUUAUACAUUAUGGAAUAUAAGGAGAGAGAUUUUAAAUAUUUUCAGAAAAGAUAUGGAAAGUGAGGGACAACAACUGGUUGAUUUAUAUGACGCAGAGUUACGAUUAACUGAAUAUUGUUUGAAAAUUAAUCCAAAAUCGUACUGUGCCUGGCAUCAAAGAGAAUGGGUGUUAACAACAAGAUCAAAUCCUGACUGGAAAACAGAAUUGGCUUUAUGUAACAAAUAUUUGAAAUUUGAUGAAAGGAAUUUUCACACUUGGGAUUAUAGACGAUUUGUAAUUAGUCAGUGCAAGCCAUCUUUAAAAGAAGAAUUUGAUUACACAACUGAGAAAUUGCUAGAUAAUUUCUCUAAUUACUCUGCUUGGCAUUAUAGAAGUAAAAUAUUAGUGGACUUACAUCCGGAUUUAGAAGCCGGCCGACCAAUAGAAGACGAACAUCACAAGCAUGAGCUAAAAAUGGUUGAGAGUGCAGCAUUCACUGACCCAGAUGAUACUAGUGCAUGGUUUUAUCAAAGAUGGUUACUAGGUGCAGUAAAAACCACUGUCGACCUUGUAGUAUGCACUAUAAGUCCAUUAAAAACUACAGUGGCGUUUAAUGAACCAGUUUCCAAAGAUUAUGUUCAAAUGACAACCAAUUUACUCAUAAAUGAUGUAUCUGUCAAUGGUGAAUGGUUACCUUGUGAGGGUAAAAAAUAUAAUAAUGUAUGGAUAUUUAAACAUAAUGAAAUAAUUGGGGAUAAUUUUGAUAUAAAGGUGGAAUAUAAUAGAGAAAAUGUUGAUAAGCUCACCAUAUUAUGCAUACAAAAAAAUUCUUUGUACAUUGGAAGAAAUAAUAUAAGCUUUCAAAGAAAAUAUUCAGAACCAGUAAUCAAAGAAUUAAAAAAACAACUUGAUUCAUGUCGUCAGCUUCUAACCAUGGAACCAGAUAACAAAUGGACUCUCUUGACGACAACAUUUCUCUUACAUUGUAUCAACGCAAAACAUUAUCAUAAUGAAGUUAUAGACAUUUUAAAAACAUUACAAAUUAAAGAUAAAAUGCAUGCAGGGUAUUAUGGAGAUUUAAUAACAAAGUGGAGUAUAGAACUGCAAUUAGAGGAUGACUAUAGAAAUGAGGAAUUAGAGUUAAAAGUAAAAUUUGCAGAGAAGAUAUCAUCCUUACCACAUCUCCAUUAUUAUAGCUUUUGCGAAAAUGUCAAUUUAUUUAAUCAGAAUUUGACAUCACGUGUAUUGUCUACUUUGUCAGUUUUACAACAUUGUAAGAAAUUAUCAUUGGAAAAUAAUAAUUUGACUACACUAAAGGGAUUUCCUUCUUUAAACCUGGAAGAAUUAAAUUUACGAGGAAAUAAAGACUUAGACAUGAAAGAGGUAGAAAUAUUCAAGCAACAAAAUAAUUAUAAUGUUAUUUUUUGAUGAUUUAUGUUAUAUUUAUGACUAUUUUUAGUAAAAUUAUUUUACAUUACCUAUAUAAAUGUAAUAAUAUUAUUGUCUAUGUAUUUAAUAUAAUGCAUUAUCGGUUAAAAUAAUUAUGUAUUACAUUUUUGUAAUAAGUUUACAUUUUAAAAAUACGUGGGACACUCAGAAAGUUUUGCGACACUAAAAAUGUUUUAUAGGUAUAUAUAUUUUUAUUACAUCUUUUCAAAGUACUCUCCACCAACCUCUAUACAGUUUCAUGCGUCUGAUCCCGUUUUCGAAACACUUUUUCCAGUCCGUCGCAGACAGCCUACUCGAACGCUGAAAGCGCAUCAUCCAGCGACGAAAAUUGUAUCCCUCUGAGCUGAUUUUUUAUUUUUGGGAAUAAGAAGUCACACGGUACUAGAUCAGGGUUGUAAGGAGGGUGAGCCAGGAGUUUGACCGGUGUGCUGUCUAGGAAAUCCCUCGUUUUGAUUGCAGUGUGGGCGGGCGCAUUAUUGUAGUGGAGCAGUAGCCCGCGGAGCCCUGUGUUUGGUCGCUUGUUGCUCACAACGGAGAAAACUUCUGCCAAGCAUUUGGUAGUAUAUCAUUCGGCGUUAAUGCUUCUUUGGUUUCAGGAUCGGGAAGGAAUUGACACCAAGUAGCCAGUCAAAUUGAAAGCUCGCGGUCAAAAUCUUCCCCCCCGCUUCUAGGUCGUUUUACUUUGGUAGGCGUUGAUUCGUUUUGAAACACCCAAACCGUCGACUGGCGCUUUGUUUUUGGAUCGUAUUGAUAAAUCCAAGAUUCAUCACCUGUAACGAUGUCGUAAACACGCCGAGACGAGCCUGCUUCAAAUUUGUCUAUCAUAUAAUGGCACCAUUCCACCCUUGCCUGCUUCUGAAUAUCGGUGAGGUUGUGCGGCACCCAGCGUGAAACUGUCCUCCGCACCCGUAGAUGGACGUGUAGAAUCUCGUGAAGGCUUCCUGAUCCAAUCUGCAGUAUAUGCUGAAUCUCUUGGUAUGUAACUCGUCUAUUGUCUUGGAUCAAAUUUUUCACUGCUAGCACGUUUUCUUCCGUAACAGCCGUCAAAGGAUGAUCACUUUUUUCUUUAUCCCCCAAAGUUAGUCGACCGCGUUUAAAUUUAUUAAACCAAUAAUACAUGGUUGCCUUAGAAGGGCCUUCAUCCAUGAAUGUCAUUUGAAAUCUAUCGUACGAUUCGUCCAGUUUCAGGCGACACUUAAAAUCGUAAAAAUCAUAGCGCGAAAGUGUUCUCGAUGCAAAUCCAUUUUUCAAUGAGACACGGUAAUUUUAAUUAGCUCGCAAAAAAUGUGGAGGGAAGUUUUGAAUUUAGAACGUACCCAUUUUUACUUAUAAGUAAGUAAUCAUAUUUUUAAAUAAACUAGCCAGUCACACAUACAUAAAAACUUUUUCUCGCAAUACUUUCUGAGUGACCUGGUAAAUUUUACCUAUAUUUUUAUGUCAAUUCUUAUGUUGAGAAAUCUAAGUUUUGUAAAAGAAAGUACCUAUGGCUUUCCCAUACUUGACAAUGCCGUCAUGAACAAACUUUUUGGUCGAAAAAAAAGUUAAUAUUAUCGUAUAAUUAAAUAUCUAACUAAUGAAUGAACAUACUUUAUUGGCAUUAUACAGCAUAGGGAAUAAAAGAACACGAAUAAUUACAAUGGAUUCAAUUGUAUAAAUAUUAUGAGGCGGCCUUAUUGCCGAGCACAAUCGGAUUGAAGCAAAUAUAAGUGUAUAUGAGAUGGCUUGUGAUAUUCAACUGCCUUUUCUCGGAUAUUAGUAAUUUUGUAAUAAUGACUAUAUGUACUACUAAUAAAGCAUUUAUUAAUUAUUACAUAAA